CACCAGCAGCAUAUCACUGGGAUCAGAGACCAGACAGGACAGCCAGCAAAACAGCUCAUUCACUCACUCACACUCACUGAAUGCGCAGGAUGGCUCCUUCUAACACUAGCAUGGUGCAGACUGCUGCCAAUGAGCUCAGCUCACAGGGACUGAGGAAGCUGAGAAAGCCAGUGAUUGAGAAGAUGAGGAGAGAUCGCAUUAACAGCAGCAUUGAGCAGCUCAGGAUUUUACUCGAGAAAGAUUUUCAGAAACAUCAACUUCCAUCCAAACCAGAGAAAGCAGAUAUUCUGGAGAUGACAGUGACCAUCCUGCAGCAGCACCUGGCUGGGAAAUCUGCUCCAUCAUCCAGCCAGAGCUACAGAGAAGGUUACUCCAGAUGCCUCCAGGAGUCUGAGCGCUUCUUCUCCCUGAACAAACAGACAGAGGCCCAGGUGAAGCUUCUGCAGAACAUCCAUGGGGGACAAGCUGUGUCAGAGAGGGGCUUCACUUCUGGAUCAGUUUUUUACCCAACACAAAGCAAAGCAAUGGCUACAGAAACCACCAAAGCCAUCUGGAGACCUUGGUAGAGACUUUAUUGAGUGUUCCAGGCUGGGAAUAGCAAAGUGUUCUUUAAAUGCACCUGUCAGCUAGAUGGCUGGACAAUUGAGGACAUAAGGUGUGAACCCUGAGGUCUGAUGGACUGCUUCCUUUUUUUGAUUUGCACAAAGCAUGAAGUCACAUCGGCUGUGACUUUAAAUACCCUGGCAACCAGGCUUUAGUCUUUAGGUGGCUCUGAGACCUUAUAUAAAAAAAGAAUCAGAGAUGCACUAGUCUGUUCCCUGACAUAUCAGUAUUUUAUAACUGUAUGAACAGUAGGUUGUGUGUAACCUUCCAUGAAGGGAAUUUUUUGAAUUAUAUAGAAAAACAUAAUUUCAAUAAAAUAGUAAUAUUAUUGUAUAAAUAAUUUAAAUACGUGAUUCUAGGUACUGUUGUUACCAGUUCAGAUGACUUUAGCAAUGACUGCUCAGUAAAAGGCCUAAUUUUAUUAAAAGUUGUCUAACUGACGCAGCAGAACAAGUUAAUUUCACAAAUGAAAUAUUAGCCUUUGUUGUAUAUUACAACAGUUGUAUUCUCAGUGAGGAUAAGUAAUGUUAAUCCAUUCAUUCUAUGGAUGUGUAUACAGUAACAUGGAUUAUUGCAUGAUUAUUUGUGAUAAGUUCGCAUGUAUUUGACAUGUGGUAUGUAGAGUUUCUAUAAUGUAGUCCUCAUUGUAUGGAUGGUUAAUAUGUAAUAUGAAUGUAUUUUUACAUCACCUGCUGUAUUUGCAGGAAUAAUUAUCAUUUCUUUUAUAAGAUGGUUUUAUAUGUUAAUAAAAUUAUUGGAACUAAA